AUGUCAUGCAUGACUCAGUGUCCUCCAACGGCUCCUAUAUUCGAGCCCAUGAAAUACUCCUGCGGGGCAGGUUCAAAGCUCUCUCCCGAAUUAACGGUGCGAGAUGAGCAGCAGUAUGGCAUGGUACAGCCCUCGACAGAAGUUGUCAAUUCGCUUAGGCCGGAGCCACUGCAAGAGAAGCGCGAAACCCGUGGAAGCCCGAUUCCUGAAAUCAUGGUCCCCCAACAAGAUAGUACGAAAACUGUCUCCGAGGCCUCCGAUAGACUUAAAGAGAUUGGCAAUCCUAAUCCGGCCAAAUUCCCACUCAGAGAUUGUCUUGUACGAAACUCACAAGUCCAAAAUAGCUCAACCGAGGAAGCGAUGGUGGACGUAAAAGAUGCCCCAUCACCAUCUCACGACCUGAUGGAAGCACCUAUAGUGCCGAAAAAGAGCGUGAAACGGGGUGGGAACUAUACUCCGCAGGCCACCAGGUCGCGCACUGAACAAAGCAUCGAGCGGCCCCCCGAGCUGACCCAACAGCUUCAGAGCACCGAAAUGAACCUUGAUUCCUAUGAAGAUCGUUGUGUAGGACAAACCGGCUUCCUGGUCCCGCUCGAUCCACGAAUGGAAAAUCUUAUUCUGCCUGGCUUGAAUUCCAGCAUUGACUUCAAUAAAGUCAAUGAACUCACUACACAACGUGGGACAGAAGACACUAAUACUAGUGUCGAAAAUCACGGCAAAGAUGAGGUGCGGAUGCAUUGUGAUGCCCGUGUCACGGGCUACGAGCUGGAAAGUUACAACGGGCAUAUCGGAACCGUUGAUGAUGAAAGAGGCAAAUCUUCCCAAGAUGGCUCACUGGAGAGUGUCAGUGAACAAGGAGAAGAAGAAGGCAAGAAAGAGGAUAAAGGAACCAUUUGCUCAGUAGAAGAGAGACUGAACAAUGACUUGGCGAUCGUGGCAGUAUUCAAAGACAUUCCAGCGCCCGGAAGUCCGCAACGAUCGAUUCGAAACAAGCCUAUGAGCUCUAUAUUUGAAAAUUCAGACAGUGUUUCACUGGGAGGAGCUGUCUCCCCGAGAAUCGAACCAUCCCUGGCCCUUAGCGGAGCACGAUUACAAUAUGAUAAUGCAGCAGAUAGCCCGGCCAAUGUCGAGCUUAGGCGCCAACUGGAACAAAGGUCCCAAGAAUUAGAAAAGGCGAAGGCCGAGUGCACAUCUAUCAACAACCUCCUACAAAAGGCAUACGAAGAAGUGCAAACUGAGAGGUGCCAUAUUAUGGACAUUAAAAAGCAACAUGAAGUUGCGUUAAAUAGAUUAAGAAGUGAGCGGCAGUUGGCCGAUGAAGAACGUGAAUCCCUAAAGGCAAGCCUGAGCGCAGUUUGGGUCCGGGUGUCCACAGCUCCUGUCAAUUGUUCACCUGAUCAAGAUAUCUCCGCAGCAGUCAAUGCAUAUCUCAAUCGAGUUGUGAGUGAGCGAGCUGAGCUAGAAGAGCAACAUCAGACAACUAUUCGAGGGCUUGAGGCUUCCCUGCAGUCCAUUCUUGCUCGUCACCGGUGGGCCUGCCAGGUAAACGAAGCAGACACAGAACAGUAUACGCUAGCGGGUCCUCUCGCUAGUACGGUUAGCAAGCUCGCUUCUCUAUAUGAUGAGCUUCAAAUGAGGCAUGACGGACAUGUGAGAAAUUUCCGAGAUUCGUCAACACAAUGCAGUGGAUACCCGCGCGGAACUAAUACUGGUGCGACUCACGGAUUCGAACGGCAGUCAGCAGAACUACAUGAACUCCAGGCCAAGAAGUCAAACCUUGAAAGGGAAUUGCGGAGCUUGGAGAUAGAAUACAACGUAGAGGCAGCCCGAAGGAAGGCUGAUCUAUCUCAACCUACUGAGCAGAGUGAAAGCGAUGCGCUACACCAAACACGGCGAGAAGUUCAGAGUGCCGACUUCCAAACUAGAUUCGGCACCCCUGUAGAGAUUGCGAAAUAUCUUGAUAUCGCUUCGGCACACCAAGACUUAAUUGAGGAUAUUCAUGCAUCCUUGGAGCGCGCGAAGCAAAUUGAGGCUCUUGGUAUGUGUAACCUGGAGAAAAGAGCAAACCCUCGCGAAAUGUUAGGACAGCUGGAUGCGGCAUAUGGUACACUCGACAAACUUUAUAACGAAGAGAAAACUCGAUGUUCGAAAGUCAGGCAGGAGCUUUCGAAACUUAAUGAAGCGCAUGCAUCCACGUCGGCGCAACUGAACGAGGCCAGGAAAGAAUGCCAACAACUAUCAGAAGAUGUAACCAGAUUCAGAACCGAAUUGCACCAGAAGGUUUCGACAACGAACAAGCCCAUCCGCCGGCCCGAUAGCGUCGAGCAGGCACCAACGGGCACGUCCACUAGCAAAGGUGGCUUGGGUAAGAGUGGCGUCUCGUGUGAAAAGACCAUGCAAGACUUAAAGGCCAUCCGCGGCGACAUAAAAGCCCUCCAAAACAGCUUCAUCACGAGAGGCAUUAAACAGCCAGACACAAAGUGUAUACAGCCAACUGAGCCGAUGACGGACGAGAUACGCGCGCUGAAAGCGCAGAUGUUUGAAUGGUUGGACUUUUGGACCCGGCAACAGGAAUUAUCGUACGCAAACAUGAAUAGUGAACGGAUUCGCCGACAUAGUGUUGGGUGCAAGCAAGUCCAAUCCUCCACCUAUGAAAGAAAGAUAUGCAAACUUGAAGAGAACCAAGAGCAAUUGGAGUCUCGUCUCGCUCUAGUGGAGGCGGGCUUAAAGGAUAAGGAAAUAACAAAACAAUCGAGUCUUCAGGCCUUGGAGGUGGAAGAAUCUCAGCUCGCCCCCAUGCACUAUGAGAUAAUGACCCCACAACGAUACUUGGGGAGAAGGACGAAACUUUUAAAGGGGCAAUCGAGUACACUUUAG